AUGUUCUACCGCGUCAGUUCUGUGUACGGCUUCGUCGACCCCAAUGGCAAGAAGCCGAUUGAUGUGCAUCGUCUCCCUGGAGGAUCUCCUGGCGCAGAUCGAUUCGUCGUCCAAUGGGCAGAGGUGCCUGCUGAUGAGCUUGAUCCGAAGGCGCCAUUCCUUGCUCAAGCACAGUCCGGAGAGGUGGUCUUCAAUGUCUCGGCCGCUUCUGGUGCCGCCAAUUCUGCCGCCGCCAAUUCUGCUGCUCCUCCUCCUGCUGCCGAGGAGAAGAAGGAGUGA